CCCGUGUGACACGUAGGUAGAUCGGUGUAAACAAACCCAAUGUGCAGGUAACUCCCCGCCUCUCAAACGAACACACAGCGACCACGAGCUCCAUCAUUCACAUUUGACGGCGACCUAAAUGCUCCUCGCGGAUACGCCCUAACAGCCUCGCACAAGCACCAUUCAUGGGCCCCCAUGGCCACACUAAUUCGGUCACAGUCCGUGCCCGACCUCGAUAGGGCCAGCGAUACAUCCCUCCUAGAUCACAAGGGCCAACCCUCCAGCUGCGCAUACUGCUACUCUCCUCUGUCGCAGCCGGACAACGUCCGCCUGCUUCGCCUCAUGCCGCACGCGGACAGGCACGCCCCAAUCCGCUGCCAGCUCCUCGAGUACCCCCUGCAGGAAACCGCCCAGGCGACACAUCUCUACGAGGCUCUGUCGUAUGUAUGGGGAUCUGUCGGCAACAGGCUGCCUAUUUACAUCCGGACAGACGACGACGACAAAAACGGGACACCUCGCGCUUCUCGGUCCACCAACAGUGACCAAUACCUGCUCGUCACGACAAACCUUCACGCGGCCCUGACUCAUCUCCGGGACGGCUUCCUCGAGCGGAUAAUUUGGAUAGACGCCGUCUGCAUCAAUCAACAAGACGGUGUCGAAAAGGGACGCCAGGUCCAGUCGAUGGCUCGGAUUUACGCUAGCGCUAGCCGUGUCGUUGUCUGGCUGGGGGAGGCGGCAGACGGGAGCGACCGAGCGCUGGAGGCGCUACGUCAGGCUGCUGGAGAACAAGAGGCGGCAUAUCGUCGCGAACUAGCGCUUGAAACUCUGCGCAGGGUUUCCAGGCAGGAGGCAAAGCUUCCCAUUAAGAGAUUCGAAGCAUACAACGGCUUCGUCUCCCAAGCGACCAAAGACCUUUUAGAGGCCGGCAGCGCAGCAGACGUAGCUGUUACCCUUGAUGAGCCGACCCAGCAAGCCAUCUUUGCUCUACUUGAGCGGCCAUGGUUUGGGCGCAUCUGGGUUCUUCAAGAGGUUGCCGCCGCUCGAUAUCUCUUGGUGAAAUGUGGCGUUUCAACGGUCGACGGGACUACAUUCUCCCUUGGCCUCGACGCAGCGCAGCUUUCUUAUGAAGGGCACCCCGCCCUCCACAGAUUAAUCCCUCCUCUCAUCCGUCUCAUACAAGGCGCGGCCUCCAGGCCACAGUGCGCAACAAUCAUGCCCCAAACCAGCCUCUCGCGUCCAUUUUCUCUCAACAUCUGUUCUAUCGGUGAACUGGUUGACAGAUUUCGCACCCGCAAGGCGACUAACCCUCUCGACAGGGUGUACGCCCUGCUCGGAAUGAGCCGCGAGGGCCCAGGGAUGCUGACAGUCGACUACGCAGAGUCGUGGGAAAAUCUGGUUCUAAAGCUGGUCAGACUCGCUCUAUCGGAUCGGAUGGCCGUGGAAACGUGGGGUGGGCGGGCCUUGGGGGUGAUUCGAGGCAAAGGACGGAUGCUUGGCCUCGUUUCCUAUACGGAGUUCCGAGGCGAUAGCCAGAGGAUAAAGAUCUCCUGGAAGAACGAAUUUCCCUUUAGAGCAUUGCCCUCCGGUCCUUACAUCCUCCAGCCAUCGACAAACCCUGUCCAAAGGAAGGAUCGGCUGGUUCUUCUCCAAGGAGCAUCGGAAUCAACCAUUAUAAGAGUCCGCGAAGGCUACUCAGAAGUCAUCCGAAUUGCAGUUCCUCUCGGAAACGGGAAUGAUCAUUACGCUGCUAGGCUUCGGUCGAACGCGGUGUUCCCCAUGAGCCUACUGCUGGUUUGGGACUUGGACAGGCCUGAAAUCGGCGCAGAAGAUCCAGACUACGAGCCUCUGAUGAAAGACCAAGAGCCUGACGAAAAGGAGCUAUUCGGCAUGGCAGCAAAGAUGUGGAAUUUUGGGAAUUUGUUGAACGAGGUGGGUGACUGCGACAAGGCGAAACCAAUGAUCCAGGCAGCGCUCGAGGCGUAUCGGACGUUCAGUCAAGGCAUAAGGGAUCAACUGGGCCACAAAGAUCCGGCCGAACUUGACCAGAAACUCCGACCACCGCCCAGCCACAACUCAGCUGUCGGCCCACGACAUCGGCUCAAGAACCCUCGCGAUCAAAUACCACUACUGUUGGCCGCCAAGAACGGGGAUGCGGCCGCCGCAGCACUGCUGCUCGAUGAAGGGGCCGGUAUCGAGUCGACAAACGGCCGGGACCUACGGACGGCGCUAUCGUGGGCCGCGGGGCACGGGAGCGGUGCCCUGGUUCGCCUACUUCUCGACAGUGGCGCGGUCAUCGAGGCCGGGGACAUCGGCGGCUGGACGCCACUGCACUGGGCCAUCUUUUACGGUCACGAGGCCGUGGUGGAGCUGCUACUCGACAGGGGCGCCAACGUCGAGGCCAAGGGCUUCAUGAACUGGACGCCGCUGCACCUCGCCGCCGAGAACGGGCACGGGUCGCUCGUUAGUCUGCUAGGCGCUAGGGGCGGCGUGGAGGCCGAGGCUGAGUUCGGGAGCAGGCCGCUGCACCUGGCUGCGAUGAACGGCCACGAGACGGUUGUGAAACUAUUGGUCAAGGAGCUGGGCGCCGAAAAGACGGCAAAGGACGAAGAGGGACUCACGCCGACGGAACUGGCCAUCAAGAACGGACACGAAGCGGUAGUGAGGCUGCUGCUCCUGGAGGCGAGUACCGAGGCAGAUGCGGGUGCCGUCCUCCCUCUUCAAUAUGGCACCCACACACCAUUGCUCUCUUACAAGCCCGAGACGCCUCUGCACCUUGCAGCUCAGUCUGGUCAGGAAACGGUGGUGAGGUUAUUAGCCGGGGAACAGGGGGCAGACAAGGAGGCGAAGGGCCCCUCGGACCGCACCCCGCUGCAUCUGGCCGCCAUGAACGGGCACGUGGCGGUCGUCAGGGUGCUGAUCGAGCUUGGCGCGAACAAGCACGUCGUGGCCGAUUUCGGUGAAUCUGUGCUGCACUCUGCUGCGGCGCACGGGCACGAGGCAGUGGUGAGGCUGCUGGUCGCCGAGUGUGGGCUUGAUGUGGAUUUAGUUAACUCUCGGGGGAAAGUGGCGUUGCACGAAGCUGCUGGGAGCGGACACGAGGCAGUGGUACGAACACUGCUCGCGCUGGGUGCUAACCGGCACGCAGCAACUGAAGAGGGAGAUACAGCGCUGCACGAAGCGACGAAAGCUGGGCACGUGGAGAUUGUGAGGCUGCUUGCCGUGAAGUUUGGGCUAGAUCUGGAUGCCGUGGGAGCUUUGGGUCAACGGCCACUGCACUACGCCGCUUUCGCUACAAGCAGGACAGAGGAAGUAACAAGACUGCUUGUGGAACUAGGGGCGGACAAAAGCGCCAGAGAUGUGCAGUGCAGGACGCCGCGCGACGUGGCCUCGAUUGUGCCCCGCGAAAACAUAAUCAGCCUCUUGUCGCCUGACACCGACGGUCAAGAUACAGAACGGCAUGCCUGCCAUCGCUGCCAGCGCGAGACUGAUAAGGAGUUGGAGGCGCUGAAAGACCAGGUCAUUAAAAAUGGGGAGGGGUGGGAAAAGCUAUGGCUGUAUUAAAAACGUGAUUAAUCUAUAUAGCAGCAGAUGGCGAAGCCUCGACAUACAAAUCAUGCCUUCGUAAACUCGUCAAUCAUAUGCGAUUGGCAACGGACCAGAGUCUC